UUGUCCUCGCCAAUCUCAGAGCACCACCGCCACCACCACCGCCGUUGCGGAGAGCAGCACCCAGCCAGCCAGCCAGCCAACCAGUCAGAAAGUUAAGGCAGAGUAGAAGAAGCAGAAGCCACAGCAGUGGAGAGUUCUCGGCUGGCCCAGUUUUUAAGGUUGGAAAACGGAAAAGGGAGGCCUGGUGCUGGCAGAGUAGAAAUAGCAAGCCAAGGGGAACCGGAAGCCGCUGGGUUGCGUAUUUCGAAGACUGCGUCGGUUGUGCGUGCCACUGCCAUCUGUGUUUCCCCUGCCAUCCCUCCACCAUCGCUUGCCCGCCCUCCCAUAUCCUCAGUUCCCUGUCCCACCCAUCUUCCCAUUUUUAUUUUAUUUUCUUUUUUCUACGCGUUGGCGUGGGAUUCUCUGUCUUGGUAGUUUGUGGGUCGGCCAUCUGGGACGGAUGCGACCAUAGGGCGGUGAGUUAGUUUUGCGUUUUGUUGGCGUCGCAAGGAGAAUUGUGGGGUGUGAUGUUACUGGAAGCUUGCGUUGAACGAUCGGAAGGAGCGAGAGAAAGAGAGAGUGAGCGGGAGAGAGAGAGAGACUAGGUUAGUGUUGCGACUUUUUGACAUACUGUUUGGUCGGCGGUUUUUGAGGGUCUUCCAAGAAGGGACGACGAAAGAGCGUAUGUUUCUGGGAGUCUGCUGUGAUGAUGUAUAUGUGUUACACGGGUUGAGGGGCGUUGUUUUGAAAUUAUUCGAGCUUUCGUCUGUAGAGGAGUGUGGAGUGGUUAUCAGUAGCAGUUGAUCAAGACAGAGGGUGCUUUCUUCCCAGUUCUAAUAGGUGGCAUGGUUCUGCCGCUAACUUGCUUCCGGGAGUGGUUGGUUGUUGUCGUAUGUGAGAAACAGAGUUUGGAAAGUUUGGAGAUAGAAAUAAAAGGAAUCAAGGUGAAAGGAUAGGGAAGUGGGAUUUAGGAGGUAUUCCGAGCAGGAGAGGUGGGUACAUGCUUAAAAGACGUCUCCAGUAUGGCGGUGGGUACAGAAGUCGCGCAUCCUGUGAGCAUUUUAGAUGGAGUAAGCAAAGUUUCCAUUGCUGUCAGCCACAAAGAAGGCGGGGCUGUGGGGGAUAGCGGUAUGCACGUCGCAGCAGAAGCGGGAGCCAAUGUGUUUGCUGCAAGUAAUGGCUGCAGCUUGACUGAAAAUCAUUCAAGCUCUUUACUCUCCAUAUCGGAGGUUUGCAGUGACGAAACUCUAUCUGUGGCAUCUCCUGCAACAAGUGCAGAGAAGGUAGAAAUGGAAUCGAGUGAAGCGCCUAUUUAUAUUGUUCCUGAUUAUGUUCCAGAGUAUCGUUCUGGAGGUUGUGCAGAGAGGGGAAUUAGGCGGUCUAUGGAAGAUGCACAUGUGUGUGUGGAUAACUUGGAGGAAACUUUGGGUACUCGAGGUGCCUUCUACGGGGUCUUUGACGGUCAUGAUGGUGAAGCUGCGGCAUGUUACGUUAAAGAGCAUCUACUACCAUUCAUAUUAAGGGAUGUGUCUUUCCCUACUUGUGUGGAAGAUGCUGUGAAAAAUGCUUACUUAGAACUGGAUAAAGAGUUUUUAGAGGCGUGCAGACUGGAUGACAGUCUUUCUUCUGGAACAACUGUGCUAACCGCACUUCUACAAGGAAGAAACUUGCUAGUUGCCAAUGCUGGUGACUGUCGGGCAGUUUUGUGUCGAAAGGGGCAGGCCGUGCCGAUGUCCCAAGACCAUGAUCCAAGCUCUGCUUGGGAAAAGUCUCGCAUCGAAUCCGUUGGAGGUUACGUGGUGGAUGGAUAUGUAAAUGGACAGGUAACAGUUGCUCGAGCUAUCGGAGACUGGCACAUGCAGGGUCUUAAAGAAGCUGGAGGAAAAGGUCCUUUGAGCGCACUCCCAGACGUUAAGUCGUUGGUUCUUUCUGAAGACGAUGAGUUCCUUCUCAUGGGGUGUGAUGGAUUGUGGGAAGUAUUUACCAAUGAGGGUGCUAUUUCAUUUGCCCGAAAGCAAUUGCAGCGUCACAAUGACCCAGAGCUUUGUUCAAAGGAACUCGUCGUCGAGGCCUUGAGAAGGAAUUCUCAAGACAAUGUAACUGUCAUCGUAAUUUGUUUUAAGGCUGAUGCCCCUCCGCCUCUUGUUGUCCUUGAAAGGAGGACUACUAUUAGAAACUUCUGUCUUAAGAAAAUGCUUUCUGUACAGAAGGACAUUGAUAUUGCUCAAGCUUCUGCAAGUGAGCGCAGGUGCGUUGUUUGAAGAGAUUUUCAUUGCUUCCCUUUGGGGCUUGCGGUAGGAUUCGAACAAAUUGACGAGAAUGUUCCAUCUUAGUAGAAUUAGACUUACCUGAGGAUAGAAGCAACUAGGCAACAGAAAAGUAUUUUUUGGGUAGGAAGUCGAUGGAAUAAAGGCUUUAGGCAACCUCAGUACUUCUGUUAGGCAUCAUCUUCAGUUACAUUUGAGAUUUAAGUUAGAUGUGUUAUACCGGCGCAGCAGGAUAGUUGAAACUCUGAGCAGCUAAAUAGUGUCCUUGGUUCCCUUUCUUCCAGUGAUAAGACCCGUCACAAGACACUGUACCCAAUUUCAAGGGACGAGCAUUCAAACUUUGCUCGCCUGCACUUUGAUGUGCUCAGAAUUGAGAUUAUUUGGUCUUUGCACAAGGGUAACCACGUGAAACUAAUGAACCCAUUGAUAGUUUGUCAUUGCUGCAAAUGAAGUUAUUGAACGUGAUCUCUGUAAGGGAUCUAAAAUGCUUUGUGUAAGUGUGCGCAUGUGCGCUUUGACAAUAUUUGUAAUUGCAACAUUAAUAUUAUCUUUA